UUCUCCAAUAUCCUCUCCUCUCUCCCUCCUCCCUUCUCUCUUCUGGGUCCCCACUCCCCUUCUCCUCCCUCCCUCUCUUCUCAGCUCCGCCUGCUGAGUGUGAUGGGGAGAGGGGCGGGAGAGAACUGAAGCCUCGCCACCUGAUCGGGCAGAGCUGAGCAGGCAGAGCUGAACAAGCGGAGCCGGGACCCAGAGCCCGGGGCAGGGAGAACCAAGGUGUCCAGAGGGCCUGGAGAAAUCUGCUGUUCGGCCGAAGCAUUCCCUUUAAGAGCUCUGGGACUCCCACUUUCCCUGCAUCACUGGGCACCGACCUUUCUUACCUCCGGUGAGCGGCUGGACUGGGGGGCCCUGAUGGAGGAUCAGGACUAGCAACCCCAGAGCCCCCGGAAAGUGUAGGGGGUGGUAAGGAAGCAGCCAGGAGCCUGAGCGGAGGGAGCCCCAUCGUCCCCCUGAUGCAUUAUUGCCACUCUCUCCAAUUCACACCUCCAGGUGCCCCUGCCUAGUGUAAUGUCUACAUCUCACUUUCAGGUGCACCAGGAGGAAAACGCUGGCCCCCUUUUCCCCAGCCCAGACACCCCCCUGGGCUCUGGCCCAACAGGAGCCGACCUCAGGGGGCAGGGGUGGGGCCUGGGCCCCUGCUCUGCUGAGUCACUGCCUGCCCAGACAUGCUCCCACUUCUGGUCCGGCUGCAGCAAGCAGCCAAGAUGGUGCUAAGCAGGAAGAAGGUGGUGGUGCUGCUGCUGUUGGGUGGGACGCUGAGCCUGCUUCUCCACCAGGGAUCGCAGCUCAGCUGGUCCACCCGGCUGCUCUUCCCCGGAGCCCCGUGCCCGGCCGGCGGCCGCACGCGGCCCAAGCACACGGCCGUGGCCUUCGUCAAGACGCACAAGACGGCGGGGACGACGGUGCAGAACAUCCUGUUCCGCUUCGCCGAGCGGCACAACGUGACGCUGGCGCUGCCGCGGCCCAGCUGCGAGCACCAGUUCUGCUAUCCGCGCGACUUCUCGGCGCGCUUCGUGCACCCGGCAACGCGGCCACCGCGCAUGCUCGCCAGCCACCUGCGCUUCAACCGCGCCGAGCUGCGGCGCCUGCUGCCCAACGACACGGUCUACGUCACCAUCCUGCGCGAGCCGGCGGCCAUGUUCGAGUCGCUCUUUAGCUACUACAACCGCUACUGCCCGGCCUUCGUGCGCGUGCCCAACGGCUCGCUCGAGGCCUUCCUGCGCGCGCCGCGCGCCUACUACCGGCCGGACGAGCGCUACGCCAUGUACGCGCACAACACGCUGGCCUACGACCUGGGCGGCGACAACGAGCGCAGCGCGCGCGACGAACCCGCCUACCUGGCGGGCCUCAUCCGCGACCUCGAGGCCGCCUUCUCGCUCGUCAUGAUCGCCGAGUACUUCGACGAGUCGCUCGUGCUGCUGCGCCGCCUGCUGGCCUGGGACCUGGAGGACGUGCUCUACGUCAAGCUCAACGUGCGCAGCGCCGCCUCGCGCCUCGCCGCUCUGCCCGAGGGCCUGGCGCGCGCUGCGCGCCGCUGGAACGGCCUCGACGCCGGCCUCUACGAGCACUUCAAUGCCUCCUUCUGGCGCCGCGUGGCGCGCGCCGGCCGCGAGUGCGUGCAGCGCGAGGCGCGCGAGCUGCGCGAGGCACGCGAACGCCUCCUGCACCGCUGCUUCGGGCCGCGCCCGCGCCUGCGGCCGGCCGCCGAGAUCCGCAACAAGCAGCUGCAGCCCUGGCAGCCGCUGGGCAACGUGGGCAUCGUGGGCUACGACCUGCCCAGCCGUCCGCCGGGGCCCGGCGGUGACGAGUGCCUCAAGUUGGCCAUGCCCGAGGUGCAGUACUCGAGCUACCUGCUGCGCAAGCAGAAGCGCCGCGCUGGGGCCUGGGCCGAGCGGGGCCGCGCCGGACCCGGGGCUGGGGCCGAAGACCAGCCGCCGCCGCCGCCGCCGCCGCGCCCCAUCCGAGCCCUGCCGCGGUUGGCCAGGAGGGGCUGAGCACCUGCUGUCCUGCCCUGGACUGGGGGCGUGACCCCCUGCCACGUGCGUCCCAGAGGGGGCUGGCCCCGCCCCCAAGAGAUGGCCCCCCCCCGGCGCCCCCCAG